GAAACUCUGAAUUCUGAAUGCGGCAAACCCCCAUUGCGGACUCCUCCGAGAAGCCGCUGCCGACUUGAAUGGUUACGUGAAGUGCCAAGUGAUAAGAUAAGAUCGGAUCAAUUUCGGGGGACAAAGGCUCGCUACGCCCACAUUGAAUUUGGCUCCUCGAAGCUCCGCGCAAGCAACGACACCACAUCGACAACCCCCAUCGCUGACUCUUAGAUUCUCCAUCUUCGAAUCAGCCCACCAUGGUCAAGAAGCGAGCAUCCAACGGCCGCAACAAGAAGGGUCGCGGCCACGUCAAGCCGAUCCGCUGCUCCAACUGUUCCCGAUGCACCCCAAAGGACAAGGCUAUCAAGAGGUUCACCAUCCGGAACAUGGUCGAGUCGGCCGCCAUCCGUGAUAUCUCCGAUGCCUCCGUCUUCCCAGAGUACACCGUCCCCAAGAUGUACCUGAAGCUCCAGUACUGUGUCUCCUGCGCUAUCCACGGCAAGAUCGUCCGUGUCCGCUCGCGAGAGGGUCGCCGCAACCGUGCCCCGCCGCCAAGGGUCAGGUACAACAAGGACGGAAAGAAGAUUACCCCCCAGCAGACCGCUAAGGCUGCCCAGUAGAGGGAUGAUGGGCUUGGGGUACGGUGAUUCGGCCAUGGUGCUUGGUCUGGGUUAACGAGUUCUUUCAGAAUCUCAUACUCCAAGAAAUACAUGAAUCCAUGGAAGUUGAGGCAGGCCGAUGUGACGAUUUAUGGUCGCAAGUUGGCUCACAAUGGGCCGCAAUGAGCACUAAGGGCUAGCUACGAGCUUGUAAAAACGAAUAUCCGAUUCAGCUCCAACCCGGGCAUCCAAGAGCCGGUGAGCGCCACCGCCAUGAUCAUUUGCAAUCGUACAGUCAUGAAAUCCCGCGUCCCCUCAAUCGCUACGCUUCUUGGUCCCUUCGCCCAGAUCCCCACUAGCUUGUCCAUUGGUGUCCGUAGGCUCUGUGGUGUCCCAAUCCUCCGCGUUCUCGUCCCAAUGAUCCAGCUCCUGUUCAACGGUGGGCCUCACAACGCCCGUUUCCUGCCCACCGAUACCC